AUGGCGGAGCUUAGUGCGUAUCGGGAUCAACAUUUUAGGGUAGGUAUUCAUUCCAGAGGUUUCUUUUCUCACCAUGAUUCAGAUGUUACGCUUUCCAAUAAAUUAAAAUUUCUUCUCUGUCUCGUUGUUGUCAUAGGGCACUCGCGGAGAGCUGGAAAAUCUGCUAGAAACCAGUUCGACAUUGUAUGUCGGGAAUCUGUCUUUUUACACUACGGAAGAACAGAUUUAUGAGUUAUUCGCUCGCGCAGGAGACUUAAAAAGGAUUAUAAUGGGAUUGGACAAAGUGAAAAAGACCCCUUGCGGAUUUUGCUUCGUAGAGUAUCCUUUUACAUUAAUAAAGCUUUGAAUGACAAUCUUUUCUUUCAUGCGCUUGAAAACGUGAUAGCGAAAUGUGGUUGCAAAUUGAUUUCCCAUUAAAUAAAAAGUUAUGAAAGAAAUUGAUGUCGUCACCAUAAACUUGUCGCCAUUCUCUAGUUAACAGUUUUGUUCCGAACCUUCGGCGUUUUUUUACUUGUAAUUUCCAUAAACCAGAGUGAUUUUGGUCACAAACUGGUAUUCUGGAAAUUAACCCUUUACAACCCAGCAUCUGUAUACAUAUUCUCUAUACUGUUCUCCAUAUAUUUACAGCGGUACUGAUCAGGAGAAUUUGUUCGUUAAUCAAGAGGUUCUUUAGUUGGUGGUCAUUGCUUUUCUUCUUAUCACUUUAAUGUUUGGCUUAAAGUCGUGAUUCUGUAAAGAGAAAUUAGAUAUUAGUCACUCUUAGGAGUUAAAGGGUUUACGUGGCUGUACAGAAGAGGUCAUCAAGAUGUAAGAUUUAGUUGUGCAACAAUUGUCUUGUUUUAGUCAUCAUGAUUUCACUUCCUUAGCUUUCCACAAGAUAUUACACUCGUGAGGAUGCACAAAAUGCCAUGUGGUACAUCAAUGGAACAAGACUAGAUGAUCGUAUUAUACGGACAGACUGGGAUGCAGGUUUCGUAGAAGGACGUCAAUAUGGUCGUGGGAAAACUGGGGGACAGGUAGGACACUUAAUGGUUCAUACACGUAGAACCAUAUGAUAUACCUUGGAAAUUUUGCAGGUUUGAUGUUUCCAGAUUUUGCAGAAUACCCUUCAUCAACAAUAAAAAUAGUUGCCAGCACAACAAAAUAUGGGAUAACUUAAGGCCUCAAAAAUGACUUCCUUGAGGUUACUGUCAACAAAAUAAGGUACCUUCUGGAAAAAAUCAUCCAAUAUGUGCUACUUUUAAAGAAACCAUAGAAAACUACAUAUCACUGUAAAGCUUAUAAAGUAUAAAUUAUGAAAAUAAAAUGUUUCACAGUUUUUGUUUUGGUAGGUGAGUGUAAGCCUUUAAAUACAGCUCUAACAAUGUUUGCUUGACUGAAUUACGGGUCUCCUUGUUACUGUGAACCUCAAAACAAACUAGAAGGAAUCACUCAGCAGAUAAUAGGGUAACAAAGAGUGGGAAGCUUUUUUGAUAGUUGAUAGUCAGGGAGGAUUUGCCUGCACAUCACUCAACUAAGUUUUGGUCACCAUCAGCCAAUCAUAGUCUACAAAUAUGUCAAUGAAGAGGGAUGUGCAACAUUAUUGUGGUUAAGCAGCCAAAAAAACAUUUCUCUCUCCUUCAUUUUCAGGUGCGAGAUGAGUAUAGAACUGAUUUUGACCCUGGCAGAGGGGGUUUUGGUAAACAAGGGCAGCAGAGCUCAGGAGUUAUAAGCGGUCCUCCGGUUUCUUACUCAAAGCGGUGACACAUGCUUUGUAUGCAGAGUUCUUUGACAUUGAAAUGAAAAUGUGUUCUUUCUUUAGCUUCUCAGCUUGUGAAAAAUACUAGUGAUUCUAAAGGACAACAAUAAUAGGCUACAAGUGCAAAUGUACAUGUAGUACUAUUUGAUGUGGCUCUCACAAGGAUUCUAUGUGCAAGUGUCAUAUAACUAAAGAAAUAUCAAAAAGCAAAAGGAAUUAGUUUGGUUCAGGCCUUACGAAAAACACCAUGUUUCCUCAGAUCUCUCCUUAAGUAGAAGGCCAACAAUUUUUGAGUUAAGUACAGUUACUGUGUGAUUUCCUUAAGCACCCAAGCUGUUGCAGUAAUAGCGAAGAGCACUGCUCAGUAUCAUUUUAAGUUUAAAAGAAGUGCUGUUAAGGAACAUCAAUUUCUCCACAUGUGCUAUAUGGAUACAAGACUGAUUUGGAAGAGGAUCAAGCAAUCUAUCACAUGAACUCCUUCCUUUAAUGAGGAAAUUAGCAGUGUACAGGUGUGGUCACCAUACAAAGUGUUGGAAUUUUUUUCCUACUAGGCAGUAACCAGUGCAUAAAAAUAUUUUUAACUGAAGUUGCUUUUUAAGUUGUAAUAAUUUUUUUACCUAGCAUGUUAAGUUAAUGCCAUACCAAUUGAUUAAGUUAAUUAUCAAUGAUGUUUCUUCAAUCUUACAAAAAACAGUCCAUAAAAGUAUGUACAUGUACCAGUGUGUUUUCAAUUAUAAUUUAUUUUUACAUCACAAUUUCAUUUAUUGACUACAUCCUCUGAAACACUUGUAUCUCCUUCCUUAAAAAAAAAUGUUCUUUCACAAUGUAUUGCAAACACUGUAGGAUUACGUUUCUUUCAUGUCAAACAUCUGGUGCCAACAGCUGUUGUUGUUUUUACCUAGGAUGUUAAGUUAAUGCCAUAUCACCU